UCCAAUCAAGCUCAAGAAUGGCUCAGAAAACAGCAAAAAAGAUCAGAAAUCAGCCUUCAAGUGGAGAGCAAACCACUUCUAAUCCAAAGUUAUGGCCAAAUCUUCCUCGCCAGCUCAUUGGCAUGUUAGCAAGGGAACCAAAUCUGAUGCAAAACAUCACGUCUUUUGGUGGUGUCAUCAAGUCAUGGAGAUCAGCCUCUCGGCAAUGCUACAGCAAUGACGGCAAGGCUCGAGCUCGGUGGCCACAGCUUGUGGAAAUCACUGGAAAGAAGUGCACCGAGCAUCAGAAAAGUGGGCGUCAGCAUUCCAUAGAAAUCUCAUUCCAUGAAGAGUGCCCCUAUAGCUACUAUAAGAGAAGAUCGUAUAAGAAAUGGUACCCUGGAAUAUAUUUCAAGGGACAUUCUCAUGGAGAGCUAGUGGUUAUGGGAGAAAAUACAGCUGAUUUAUGCUUAUGGGAGCCUGCUAGAGGAUGUUACCGUUACCUUCCGGCCUGGGACCGUAAUCUUGCUUUCAAAAUGUGCACCCUAUCAUCGCCUACAGAUGAUCGCAAGGGCUGCAACGUACUGGUGCUAACUGGCGCUUGUUCCCCGGCUUUUGCAUUCUUUAGAUGGGGUAAGCAUGAAAUGUCAUGGACUAUACAAAACUGCACAGUUAAGGAACCUUAUGCUCCCAGCCAAAACAUGCAGUUCAUUAAUGCCAUUGGAUUCCACGGAAAAUUUUACGCGUUGAGCUUGCAGGGGAGUCUUGCAGUAAUAGAGGAUACUGAUUCCUGUUUUAGAAUCACAGCAAUUGGGGGAAGCAGGGCAGUACCCUCUAAAGUGUCAAGGCAAUUCAGGGAGUAUUUGGUUGAAUCAUGUGGAGAAAUAUUGCUGGUUUUCCUUAUAUCCAGAAAAUCGAUUGAUCAUGUGGAGGACGUUGAGGUUUUCAGGCUUGAUAUUCCCAAGCUUUCGUGGGUGGAAGUGGAAAAUCUUGGGGAUAGAACAUUAUUUCUGGAGGAUGAAUGCUGUAUGGGGGUCACUGCAAGCAAAGUGGGGUGCAAGAAGAACUGCAUAUACUUUUCUCAUCACAGAGUUUAUGAUCAGUGGUGGGUUUUUAACAUGGAAAGUGGGAACAUUUCACCAGCUUUUGAAACUAAUGCUAAAAUUCAAGAAUCUUUAAUAUGGAAUGAGCCGAUAUUGGAUCUGGAGUGAUUGAGUUUAUGUACUCUUAUUGAUGAACUGUAUUUCCUGUCAUUAUUCGUAGUCAAAGAAAAUGUCCAGUAAUACCAUGGUUAAUCCUUCUCGUUGUAAAGCAGAUUUAACAUCAUUC